GGCGAUUACCUCUGAGAUAUAUGAUGCAAGAUGCUGGCAUUGCUUUUGCCAAUGCUUGGGGCUCAAUGUUGUACACCGCCCAUCUGUACAACGCUGCUCGUCAGGAAAAGUUCGCCGCAAGCUUUUGGAAAGACAUGGAUCUUGCGUUGCUGUUACAAGGCGAUGGACAAGAUGUUUGUCGGCAAUCGAUCAAAGAAUGCUGAAGACUACCUCAAGCGCUUCACCCUUUGCAGCUAACUACGUUGAGUAUGAAACCUCACAAGGGUGGGCUUAGUGCAUCCCCGAAGGGUCCUCGUGGCCUUGAAAAGCCAUUUGCCCUUGUAGAGCUGUUUGCCAAACGCUACCCAUACAAUGGUCGAUCAUUGUCUACUGACCUAGAUGCUGUCGAGAAACAUGUCAAGGUCGAGUUCAGCGACCCUGAAAACUUCACCUUCUCGGAUGUUUCGGACGACACGACCGUCGCAGAAGUCACCGCCCAGGUAUGUACGUGACAGGUUUUCGAUGACAGUUGUGCUGGUUAUCAUACAGACCGCUGCAAAGUACGCGAUCAAGAACAAGCUCAGCGCAGGCACCUUCCUCGAAGGCCUGGCGAACGCGAUUCAGUCUAAAGGCAUGCACCUGACAUUUGACCACUUCCGCCUCCACCGUUUCUGCUGGAUGCUACUUCGCAGCGUCAAAGAAGCCUGUGCCGACUCACUGCGUCACAUCUUUCCUGAGUACCUUAAGCGUGAGAAUCAACUGCCUUUUGUAGUUGGUUACUUCUGCACAUAUCAGUUCUCUGCAGAGAGACUUGGUGAUGAUCUCGGUCAGGAGGCAAGAAGCAAGGUCUUCAUAGAGGCUACAAAUACAAUGGAAGGAAUGCUUCAAUCGGGCGCUGGUGGUAUAUGUGCCAAGAUCAUAGAGGAUUCUUUCAACUAUGCUGUUGAUUGGUAUGAUUUCGAAAGGCAGUAGAUGAUAAAAGACUUAUAAAUUCCGGUGUUUGUUUUCUGGACAAAGCCAUGAGAUAGGUAUUGUAGAUCGCGUGUUAGCCAACAUACACUGACGAAAAUAUUGAAACAGUUUGC